CGUGAUCUCUCUUCCCAGAAGAAAAAAAAAAAAAAAACCGAAGGGAGAGAGGAAACCGUCUUCUUCUUCUAAGGAGAGAAAAAGAUAGAGACGGACGGGUAGAGACAGAGAAAGGAAGUCCGUGCGACGGAGAUGGAUCGCAAACCCUAAGCCUAAGCCUAACCUAUAAUCACUCGGAUGGCGUCGUCGCGGGUGAUGGCGUCGUCCUCGUCGGCGAAUUCAGAUUUCGCGCGUCAGUCCUCCCUCUUCUCCCCGGCGGUCACGGACCUCCAGAGCUCCGCUGCUGGCGACCCCAUCAAGACCCUCCGAUCCAUGAGCAUGGAGGACCUCCUCCGCAACAUCUACCCGGAGAAUGCCGCGCCCUUCGCCGGCGAGGACGGUGCCGCCGGCGAGGAGGCGCCGGCGUCGGCAUCGCGGGAGGGGAAUUUCCCGCAGCCGAAGGAGAUCGCGAGCAGGACGGUGGACGAGGUCUGGAGGGAGAUCGCCGCCGGCCGGAAGGGCGAUGGCGGGAAAGGAUCGGACGGGGAGAUGACCCUGGAGGACUUCCUCGCGAGGGCCGGGGCGGUUAGGGAGGAGGAAGUUAGGGUUCCAUCGGGCUCCGGGCAAGGGAAUUUCGGGUUGGAUUCAGUGUUGGGCGGUGAUUUCGGCCAGCAGCAGCAGCUGCCGCUGGAGAAUCCGGUUUUAGGGUUUGGGAAUGGAGUGGAAGGCGGCGGCGGAAGAGGAGGGAGGCGAAGGAAGAGGCUCAUGUUGGAUCCGGUGGACAGGGUGGUGCUUCAGAGGCAGAAGAGGAUGAUCAAGAACAGGGAGUCGGCUGCUAGAUCGAGGGAGAGGAAACAGGCUUACACCGUAGAACUUGAAUCUUUAGUGACACAGCUGGAGGAGGAAAAUGCUCGGCUACUGAAAUAUCAGGAGGAGCAGCACAAAGAGAGGCUUCAGCAGGCCUCUCAGGUUCCACAACAGGUUUCUCCUCUCAUCUGGAAUAGCCUCGGCCCAGAACAGAAUACUAGUUUUCAGGAUUGAUGCGAGGAGAGAGAGUUGCUAGUGAAGACCCUCUGACUUUGAUGGAUCACACUUCAUCCAUAAAGUGGAGCCCAUAUAGAAAGGCUUGUUUACAAGGCAUUAAGUUCUUAAUUUUCUUUUCACUUGCCUCUGGUGCAUAUCUUAGUUUUGUGCUUUGGGUUUUGCAAAGUCUGAAUUUAUCUCAAAAAUAUGCAUGAGUACAAUUUUGCUUGAUACUGUUGUGGUUCCUCAUAUUUUUACCAAGUCUCUUUCUACUGCAUUAUGUUUUUAUCAUGAAACUUCUGCAUUCUGCUUGUUCAAUAUAUGGUAGCAUUGGCUAGCCCUGAAAUACUUGCUUGGUUAUCCCCUUCUAGAUUGUUUGUCUGUUUUACAUUUGCCUAUUUGAUUACCUUAAACUUUAUAAAGCAUCGCAGUAGUUGAUAUAUUCUUGUUUAAGCACAUUAUUCUGAUGAGAAUGU